UGAGCGCUGUAAGUACGGAGGUUAGCUCUCGGUGACGGUGGGUUUUUCUCGCUGCAAUCAGACAAUAAUUCAUUGCCAAACCGAAGAUGGAAGAAAUGGAAGAAGAGCUUAAAUGCCCAGUGUGCGGGUCUUUUUUCCGAGAGCCGAUUAUUUUGCCGUGUUCCCAUAACAUUUGCCUGGCAUGCGCUCGUAACAUACUGGUACAGACCCCAGAUGCCGAAUCUCCGCAGAGCAGCCGCGCCUCCGGUUCCGGGGUGUCCGACUACGAUUAUCUGGACCUGGACAAGAUGAGCUUAUACAGUGAAUCGGAUAGCGGCUAUGGUUCUUACGGUGGCUUCGCUAGUGCCCCGACCACCCCUUGCCAGAAGUCCCCGAACGGGGUGCGUGUUUUCCCACCCGCCGUCCCCCCUCAACCUCAGCACCACCUGCUCCCUCACCCCGGCGUCUUGCCGCCGAUUCCCCGCAACUCCUGCAUCACCUGUCCUCAGUGCCAUCGAAGCCUCACUUUGGACGACCGGGGGCUGCGCGGUUUCCCCAAAAACCGAGUGCUGGAGGGGGUGGUCGACCGGUACCAGCAGAGCAAGGCAGCCGCUCUCAAGUGUCAGCUGUGCGAGAAGAGCCCGCGGGAGGCGACGGUGAUGUGCGAGCAAUGCGACGUGUUCUACUGCGAUCCGUGCCGUCUCCGCUGUCACCCACCCCGCGGCCCGCUAGCCAAACACCGGCUUGUGCCGCCAGCGCAAGGCCGAAUCAGUCGGCGCACAAGUCCUCGAAAGACCUCAACAUGCACGGAGCAUGAGCUGGAGAACCUCAGCAUGUAUUGUGUGCAGUGCAAAACGCCCGUGUGUUACCAGUGUCUCGAGGAGGGCAAACACUCCACCCAUGAGGUUAAGGCCCUCGGGGCUAUGUGGAAACUACACAAGGGGCAGCUUUCUCAGGCUCUAAAUGUUCUAUCUGAUCGAGCCACUGAAGCAAAAGAGUUUCUUGUUCAGCUCAGAAAUAUGGUCCAACACAUACAGGAGAAUGGAGUUGAAUUUGAGGCAUGCUUGGUGGCACAGUGUGAUGCUCUAAUUGACGCGCUGAACCGCAGAAAAGCUCAACUACUGGCCAGAGUCAACAAAGAACAUGAACACAAACUCAAGGUGGUGCGCGAUCAGAUAUCUCACUGUACAGUGAAGUUGAGGCAGACGACAGGGUUGAUGGAGUACUGCCUGGAGGUCAUCAAAGAGAACGACCCCAGCGGGUUCCUGCAGAUCUCUGAUGCGCUGAUUCGCAGAGUGCAUAUGACGGAAGGCCAGUGGGGUAAGGGCACUCUCACGCCACGUAUGACCAGCGACUUUGACCUGACCCUGGACAGCGGCCCAUUACUGCAGACCAUCCAUCAGCUUGACUUUGUUCAGAUGAAGGUGCCAGCAGCCCCGAUCCUGCAGCUGGAGGAGUGCUGUAGUCAGACUAACAGUGCCACUCUGUCAUGGAAACAGCCUCCCCUCUCCACCGUCGCAGUAGAUGGCUACAUACUGGAGCUGGAUGAUGGCAGCGGAGGCCAAUUCAGAGAAGUGUACGUUGGCACGGAGACGAUCUGCACGGUGGACGGGCUUCACUUCAACAGCACGUACAAGUCACGCGUGAAAGCCUUCAAUGCCAGCGGAGUCGGGCAGUACAGCAAAACCCUGGUCAUGCAGACCUCCGAGACUGGACUUCCCCCAUGUGAUAUUAAAACUCUAGCUGCAGUUGCCUGGUUCACAUUUGACCCAGCAUCAGCCCAUCCUGACAUUGUACUAUCCAAUGACAACCUGACAGUCACGUGCAGUAGUUAUGACGACCGUGUAGUCAUGGGCAACACAGCCUUCUCCCGUGGUGUACAUUACUGGGAGAUCAUCAUCGAUCGCUACGACAACCACCCAGACCCCGCAUUUGGGAUUGCCCGGGGCGACGUGUUGAAAGACGUGAUGCUGGGGAAGGAUGACAAGGCUUGGGCCAUGUAUGUGGACAACAAUCGCUCCUGGUUCAUGCACAAUAAUUCCCACACCAACAGGACUGAUGGAGGGAUAUGUAAAGGGGCGACUGUGGGUGUGCUGUUGGAUUUCUCACGCGGGAUCCUGUUAUUUCUUAUCAACGAUGAGCAGCAGGGUCCUGUUGCCUUUGAUGCUCUAGAGGGCCUUUACUACCCCGCCAUCAGCCUCAACCGCAACGUUCAGGUUACUCUUCACACUGGACUGCCCAUUCCAGAUUUCUAUACACCAGGAGAGUCAGAGCCUUCAGGCUCUGUCUGUUAAAGAUGGACACAACGACGAACUCAUUGAACCACACACACACACACACACACACACACACACACACACACACACACACACACACACACACAA